UGUGGUUAAAUUAGUACACAGUUAAAUUAGUACACACGUUUAUUCUUUAUCUUGCUGAAAAUCAAUGCUGAUUUUAAGUAAUGUACUUUAACCAAAUGUGUUCCUUAUAAUAAGAAACUUAUGAAGCGGUCAUUUAACCGGUUUGGUAGUUUUAGUGUUAAUUAUACCAUUUGUAAAAUCACGGUAUAUCAUCUAAAAAUCGAGGAACCAUAUCAUUGAUCUCCGUCGAUAUCGGUUCCCUAAUUGACCUUCGAAUGGUGCAAGGUAGGUACAGAUAAGAGGUUUCUGGUAAUUCUUUGAUUCGAAGUCUUGAUCGAACGAAAAUAUUGUAUAGAGAUGUGGGUGUUUAUCUGUCGUGUUAUCUGGAAGACGUCGUUGCUUCCAAGGAGAUACGACGACCCGAAAUUGACCUCCUGACUCAAGAUAGCGAGGAUUCUCGACUAGAAUGCUGGCCAAUCUACUUUAACUUUGCGUGUAUGAUAAAUUGGGGCAGAAUAAACUCACAAUAUUCUUUAUUUCGAGAUAGGGUUCCAGGUAGGGAUGUACGGAUCUAGAAAUGUAAUGAUCUAAGAAUGCAGGAAUAUGCUGUAAAAUAGGGAUCUAGAGAUGUGACAUGAGCCCAGACAUGGAUAAAAAUCUGAACCCAUAAAAAUCUUUACAACAUUCGGUAGAUGAAAUAUGUACUAACACGCACUAAAAUAUUUUAGUACCAGAAGUUUUAUUGGACAGAUCUCCUAACCUAACCUAUAUCAACGUUAAAUUAAGGCUCAGAGUAAUUCCGAAUUCGUGGAUUCUACAUGCAGCUGUUCCAAUUUAAUGAGCUCGUACAUUUGUAAUUAAAGUGGAAAUUAAUAGGAAGCUUCGAAGGACAUUUAGGAAGAUUGUAAGAGCACCGGAAGGGUCAGAGGCGGCUGUUUUUUAAAUGUCGACUUUCCUGAUCCGCGAUAUCUGGCGUCCGGUUCGUCAUCUCGUUUAGUCUUGCUUAACGUCUCGUCUCGUCUGGUGCACUCGUAGAGAUUUCAAUUUCUCGCAGACUACCAACGGAAAAGAAAUCGACGGAGGUGCGGUAUUUAUUUAUUUACGUGAAUCGUUUUGAAGAGAGCGAUGAAUGCGGAGGGCGUAACAAUAUCUCGGUGAUAAAAGAUCACACCAUGUUGUUCCUGACUGUGACAGCAUGUUUGGUGAUCGCGGCUCAGGCAGGAUGUCCCAUGCGACCGACCGCGGAACAAAGUUCCGCUCCGAGAACUUCGGGCGAUGGUGGUUACCGGAUUCUCGUUAGUGGAAAAGCCGAUAAAUAUGUUCCAAAUGCAAUUUACACCAUCAGCUUGCAAGGGUCUCGGACGCACGAGAGGCUACAACAAUUCACUCGUUUCACGCUUUCGGUGAGUUCUCAGCACGCGCCUAACAAUUUAGCUGCUCGUGUUGGGUACUUUCAAUUGUUCCCGGAUUCUCUGACAACCUUUAACGAAGAUUGUGUGAACACCAUAUCGGAAGCUUCUGAUUAUCCAAAGACAGAGAUCCAAGUGAUGUGGAGGGCACCACCGACGGGAUCUGGAUGCGUUAUCUUUACGGCCAUGGUUUUGGAGAAUAACGUGCGAUGGUACGCCGAGGAUGGUGCUUUAACUAAGACCUUCUGCGAGAUGGGUGCUGCCGAGGUUGAAACACUCGACGUCGAAAAGUGUUGCGCCUGCGAUGAAGCUAAAUACUCGCUGAUAAUGGAGGGAAUCUGGUCGAAUGUGACCCACCCGAAGGACUUCCCGUUCUCCGUCUGGUUGACCCACUUCAGCGACGUGAUCGGUGCAUCCCACGUGCCCAGUUUCUCCUUCUGGGGCAAAGACCACAUCGCCACCGACGGUUUUCGGCAAUUGGCCGAGUGGGGCUCAGCAUCCGGGGUGGAAGCCGAGCUCAGGGCUAGCUCGAAUCAAUUGAGAACACUCAUCAAGGCCGCCGGCCUUUGGUACCCUAACGUGAACACCAACACAACCACCAGCUUCAGAGUGGACAAAAAGCACCCUAUGGUAUCCGUGGCUUCUAUGCUGGGCCCUUCGCCCGACUGGGUGGUCGGUGUGAGCAAAUUGAACCUCUGCAGGAAAGAUUGCACCUGGACAAAAAGCGAGAUCAUUGACCUGUAUCCGUGGGAUGCUGGAACGGAUAAUGGAAUUUCUUACAUGUCACCUAAUUCCGAAACGAAACCACGCGAAAAGAUGAAGCCUAUCACGACGCUGUACCCCGAAGAUCCAAGAUCGCCCUUUUACGACCCCACUGGAAGACCCAUGUUACCGCUGGCCAGGUUGUACUUGAACAGAGAGAAGAUAAUUCCCAAGAGCUGCGACGAGCAGACUCUUCAACAACAACUCACUCAGCUCGAAGUUGCUGAGAACACCGAGGACACUGUCAGACCGGAAUGUCAGACGACGGAGUACACGGGUUGGUCCAGUUGUUCUGUGUCCUGUGGCAAAGGACUAAGAAUGCGCACCAGAUCCUAUCUGAUGCCAGAGAAAGCAGCGAUGUUCAAAUGCAACAGACAACUAGUUUCGAAGGAGAUGUGUGUUGCGUCCGUCCCGGAGUGUCCAGGAGAAGAGGAGGCAGACGACGGUGGUUUGUUCCCCGUGAACGACGCCGUUUGCAGAACCACGGAGUGGAGCGAGUGGUCCGAGUGCUCGUCAUCUUGCGGUAUAGGAAUGAAGAUAAGAACGAGGAAGUUCAACGAUCGUAUGGGUCGUAAGCGGUGUCCUCACGUCUCCCUCGUCGAGAGACAAAAAUGCAUGGAGCCACCUUGUCCACCUGGCUUGGAGGAGCAGAUCGAUCCUACGUGCAAGGUAACUGAUUGGUCUGAUUGGUCUCCGUGCAGCGCAUCCUGCGGAAAGGGAGUGAAGUUGAGGACCAGAUUGUUGAUGGUGGAUCCAGCGCAGCAACAGGAAUGCUCCUCGAAAAUGGAGCUGCUUCAGCAACGACCGUGUUUGGUGCAAGCUGAUUGCACGUUCGACAUGGCCACCGCUAAAGUGGUUUGCAUGGAGGAAGCAGACCCUGGACCUUGCAGAGGAUACUUUCAGAGGUGGGCGUUCGUUCCUCAGAAGCUGAUGUGCGUACCCUUCGGUUAUGGUGGCUGUCGUGGUAACAGGAAUAACUUCUUGACAGCUGAGGAGUGCAACAACACCUGCGGCAUUGUGCGAGCAAUUCUCAGCGGAGAGCCCUUGAACGCCACAGUUCCUCAACAACCAUCGAUAUCGCAAUCUUUUGCACCUGUCGAUUGCAUCGUGAGUAAUUGGUCACCCUGGACCCCGUGCAGCGUCACCUGUGGCACCGGCCGAGUUUCCAGCUACCGAACCAUUAAACAAGACGCACAGAAUGGAGGGCAUCCCUGUCCCAAGAAGCUUCAACGACGCUCCAGAUGUCAGCUCGCGCCCUGCGAAUAAGUCCUUGAUUCAUUCGUAAUUCUGUGAAACUGAAUACAGUCGUGUUUGUGUAUUAUUUUUGUGAAAUGAAAUGAAAUGAAAUGAAAAG